UUAGCGAUGGGUGUGUUUAGGCGGAGGGAUGGACGGCUGCGGCGCCUAUAAAUAUGAGUGUCUUGGCGCGCCCACGGUCAGUUCACGCUCUCACUCUAAGUAGUUCGAGUGUCGUCUCUCCUGAUAUCUCGGGAGAACUUUCAUCACAUUCCAGUCAUGCCUGAAGAAGCAACCAUGGAGGAGGUGGAGACCUUCGCCUUCCAGGCGGAGAUCGCCCAGCUCAUGUCCUUGAUCAUCAAUACCUUCUACAGCAACAAAGAAAUCUUCCUGCGAGAACUCAUCUCCAACAGUUCCGAUGCCCUGGACAAGAUCCGCUACGAGUCCCUCACAGACCCGUCCAAGCUGGAGUCUGGCAAGGAUCUCUUCAUCAAGCUGGUGCCUAACAAGAAUGACCGCACACUCACCAUCAUCGACAGCGGUAUUGGCAUGACCAAGGCUGACCUGGUGAACAACCUGGGAACCAUUGCCAAGUCAGGCACCAAGGCCUUCAUGGAGGCGCUGCAGGCUGGCGCUGACAUUUCCAUGAUUGGCCAGUUUGGUGUGGGGUUCUACUCUGCUUACCUGGUGGCCGACAAAGUCACCGUUAUCUCAAAGAACAAUGACGACGAGCAGUAUGUGUGGGAGUCCUCAGCUGGAGGUUCAUUCACCGUGCGCACUGACCAUGGCGAGCCCCUGGGCCGUGGCACACAGAUCACACUGCACCUGAAGGAGGACCAGACGGAGUACUUGGAGGAGCGUCGUAUCAAGGAGGUGGUCAAGAAGCACUCGCAGUUCAUUGGCUAUCCCAUCAAGCUGCUCGUGGAAAAGGAGAGGGACAAGGAAGUGUCAGAUGAUGAGGAGGAGGAAAAGGAAGAAGAGAAGAAGGAUGAGGAAGAGGAUGAGAAGCCCAAGAUUGAGGAUGUGGGUGAGGAUGAGGAUGCUGACAAGAAGGAAGGUGGAAAGAAGAAGAAGACCGUGAAGGAAAAGUACUCUGAGGAUGAGGAGCUGAAUAAGACCAAGCCCCUCUGGACCCGCAACCCGGACAACAUUUCUCAGGAAGAGUACGGAGAGUUCUACAAAUCCCUCACCAACGACUGGGAGGAUCACCUGGCUGUCAAGCACUUCAGCGUUGAAGGUCAACUAGAGUUCAGGGCGCUCCUCUUCCUGCCCCGCCGCGCACCCUUCGACCUCUUUGAGAACCGCAAGCAGAAGAACAAGAUCAAGCUGUACGUGCGCCGUGUCUUCAUCAUGGAGAACUGCGAGGAGCUGAUCCCAGAGUACCUCAACUUCCUGAACGGUGUGGUGGACUCAGAGGACCUGCCGCUGAACAUCUCCCGUGAGAUGCUGCAGCAGAACAAGAUCUUGAAGGUGAUCCGCAAGAACCUGGUCAAGAAGGCCCUUGAGCUGUUUGAGGAACUCAUUGAGGACAAGGAUAACUACAAGAAGUUCUAUGAGAACUUCUCCAAGAACAUCAAGCUGGGCAUCCAUGAGGACUCCACCAACCGUAAGAAGCUGGCAGAGUUCCUACGCUACCACACCUCCGCCUCUGGGGACGAGAUGUCCUCCCUCAAGGACUAUGUGUCUCGCAUGAAGGAGAACCAGAAGCAGAUCUACUACAUCACUGGUGAGAGCCGUGAGCAGGUGCACAACUCUGCCUUUGUGGAGAGGGUGAAGAAACGUGGCUUUGAGGUGGUGUACAUGACGGAGCCAAUUGAUGAGUACUGCGUCCAGCAACUGAAGGAGUAUGACGGCAAGCAGCUGGUGUCUGUUACCAAGGAGGGUCUGGAGCUACCAGAGGAUGAAGAUGAGAAGAAGAAAUUCGAGGAGCAGAAGUCCAAGUUUGAGAACCUGUGCAAGGUUGUCAAGGACAUCCUGGACAAGCGUGUGGAGAAGGUUGUGGUGAGCAACAGGCUGGUGACCUCUCCCUGCUGCAUCGUGACCUCCCAGUACGGGUGGACAGCCAACAUGGAGCGCAUCAUGAAGGCCCAGGCCCUGAGGGACACCUCCACCAUGGGCUACAUGGCUGCCAAGAAGCACCUCGAGAUCAACCCAGACCACAGCAUCAUCGACACCCUCCGCCAGAAGGCCGAUGCUGACAAGAACGACAAGUCUGUCAAGGACCUGGUCAUGCUGCUCUUCGAGACGGCGCUGCUGGCCUCAGGGUUCAACUUGGAGGACCCGGGCGUGCACGCUUCCAGGAUCUACCGCAUGAUCAGUCUCGGCCUCGGCAUCGACGACGAGGAGCUGACCGCCAUCCCCGACGACACCACCAACCCGCUGGACGACCUGCCGCCAUUGGAAGGAGACGACGAAGACGCCUCACGCAUGGAGGAGGUGGACUAAACUCCACCUCUUUCUUCCUUCCGUCUCUUCCUGCUCGCCUCAGCACCAUUCCUGUCACGCUGCGACGUGUGAUGCUGUGUGACUGCUGACGCUGUGGGCGGCGCGCUCCACCGCCUCCACCACCACGCCUCCAUUACUCAGGCACAGCUGUACGGCUGGCGGGCGUGACUUGGCGGGGCGUGUGAGCCGACCAUAGCAGUGUAUGUGGGUGUGGCUGUCUCCCUGACGUGACUGAAUACUCAUAGAUGUAUAGUUUGUAUUAAAUACACGAUUUGUAUAAAAUAAAUAAGCGGACGUAU